ACAAGCAGCAACGACAGCUGUGUUAAACUUGCACAGGCAACACGAAUAAAAUCCAGUCUGCCAUAGCAACAAAAUAGCUCGACAAUUCUUUUCUUCCUUACGGCGACGAUAGCUCAACACGGGAUUGAACUGCCAUAUUGGAGCGAUACGAACACUAAACAUCAGCACGCGAAUCUUGAAGCGAUACUGUCGUUUACCACAACGGUGCUCUCUAUCCACACAUGGAGAGAUCGUCUGAGUGUUCUGCCACGAUGUCGUGUUUACAAUCGACUAAUCUAUGGUAAAAAGUAAGCAAGGCUGCGGUGCCGAGGCGUCAACAGGGCCGGCUGGCUCAAAUUGAGCUGAUCGACCGACAAUUUUGUCAGUUUGUCGGCGUCAAACAGAGAGUUGGCAAUCCCCAUCCAGGGAAAACUCAGCAGCGUCUUUCUCCAUGUCGCCACACGCUCAAUACCACCUGCUCCAUGUCGGUCUCCAAUAAAUAUACACAGGAUCAAGAACGACAGACUUGGCGGAUCAGCGCCACCAAUACAGGCCAAAGACCUCCAUUCUUCCAUGUUUCGCAUCAAAUUCGUGUUAUUGAAGACAACAGGGCAACAAAUUAAGAGAGAAUUCAUGUGGACUCAUCAACGCGGUUGAGUAUUUCCUACCUCCUUCCGACGGUGAUGGUUUUGUGCCCUUGUGGCCCGGCCACAUGCUUGCAGCAAGCAGACUCCGAUCCACGUUGGUAAUCUUCGAGUCUGUACGCUCUUCGACCAACGGACAGGACCGGUGUGCAUCGGAUUGGCGAGAUCGUGGCGUGGGCUUCGCCUUCCAUGUCCAGUCCACUUUGUUUUUUUGCUGUCAGAACCACAAUGGCGAAAGAUCGAUUCGUACAGAACCUCUUUCCGGACUUAGAGCUGUCGGUGGCCGAUAAAGCGGAGCUCCAAGCGCUCGUAUCGACUUUCAUCGAGGAGCACCUCCCGAACUACAAAGAAUACUGCGCCAACAAGAGCCGACAGGUGGACGCCAACCGCUGGAAACUCUUCAAGACCAAGGACAAUGUACGUCUGCACUCCGAACGGGACAGUAAGGACAAACACUCUACAAAGGGUGAGGAACACGACGUGUCCAACCUGCCGGUUAUUCUGUGCGAGGGGGCCAUCCCAGGCAAGCUCGAGGACGUCAUGUUCGGAGUCAUCAGUCCCACGCUGGAGCUGAUGCGUCUCAAGGCGUCAUACAUCGACGACAUCAGCAGUGCUUCGGUAUUGUCCACAAUCGUCAAACCUACGCCGGAAGACCCUCUGCAGUCGCUCGUACUCAAGUGGAUGCAACUGGAUCUACCGCUACGCUCGACGAGUUUGGUCAAGAAUCGUGACUUCGUGUACAUGGAGGCCACGGGGAUUUUACGGACGAAGGACGGCGAACGGAUAGGCUAUCACAUCCAGCACUCCAUCGGCUUGCCUCAAGCGCCUGAACUGCCGAAUCUUGUGCGUGGCAACUGCCAUUUAUGUGCGUUCUUCCGUCAGGACCGCGAUCUAUCGGUUGAAAUUUACGCGACCGGGGCGUGCGAUCCGGGAGGUCCCGUACUCAAGUCGCUGCUCUUGCACCCGAUCGCCUCGAUGCUACUGUCCUGUACGGAUUACGCUCACUGUGGCGAGAUGAAGAAGCUGGCGUGGAUCAUGCAGCACCGUAACGCGCAGAAGAAGCAAAUGGGCACCAAACGCAACGACGACAAGUGCGUGAGCUGCUCGUCGUCCGUCAGCCACAGUCGCAUCGGCAAGCUCAGUACCACUCGCGGAUCGUGCAAACUGUGCUUCAACGCUGUUUGUCGCUCUUGUCGUGUGCGUAAACUCCUCACCUUUAUGGAGCCGGAUCUCAAGUACGAGAAGCGCAAGGUGACGUUCUGCCCUGUUUGUAUCAAGGACGCGUUGGAAGUCAGUGCCCUGCAGGUUGCCAGGGAUCAGACCUUGGCUCCCAAGAGACUUGGAGGCUACCGGUCCAACAGCGAGUUCUCGGCCACGUCUUCCUCGGAUGAAUGAGGAGAGCUCCACUGCCAGAGCUUUUGGUUAGUUUAGUUAGUUAAUUGCGCACGAAAUGGAUUAUUGUUACUAUGACGUGAAGUGAGCGUGUGUUCUUAUACAUGUACUAGUAUUCAUAG